UCACGGGGCUGUUUCCCAGGAUCGCUGCGGGAGUGGGAAGCUGCUGAUCGGGAAGAGAGUGGACCAACCCGCCGGCAGAGGGACGCAGUUUAACCAGGACUCCCGGCCGAAGCUGCGCUCCUCUUUCCGGGGAUUUAGAAGAUAUUUUCUGCUAUAAUUUAAAUACCAACUGCAUUCCGGGAGGUUCUGUUCAGGAGAGCCAGGGCGCCAUCAUGGAGGACGGGAAGGCGGUGUGGGCGCCUCAUCCGACGGACGGGUUCCAGCUGGGAUCCAUCGUGGACAUCGGAGCGGACAGCCUCACCAUCGAGCCCCUCAAGCAGAAGGGAAAGACGUUCUUGGCUCCCGUCAACCAGGUGUUUCCUGCCGAGGACGACGUGAACAAACAUGUGGAGGAUAACUGCUCCCUGAUGUACCUGAAUGAAGCCACUCUGCUGAACAACGUCCGGGUUCGAUACAGCAAGGACAAAAUCUAUACGUACGUCGCCAACAUCCUGAUCGCAGUCAACCCGUACUACGACAUCCCAAAGCUUUACACGGCAGAAACCAUCAAGCAGUACCAGGGCCGGUCACUGGGGACGCUGCCGCCGCACGUCUACGCCAUCGCUGAUAAGGCGUACAGAGACAUGAAGGUCCUGAAGACGAGCCAGUCCAUCAUCGUCUCAGGAGAGUCUGGAGCUGGAAAGACGGAAAACACCAAGUUUGUUCUCAGAUACUUAACGACGUCCUACGGGACCGGGCAGGACAUCGAUGAGAGGAUAGUGGAAGCAAACCCCCUGCUGGAGGCGUUUGGAAACGCUAAAACCGUCAGGAACAACAACAGCAGCCGCUUCGGGAAGUUUGUGGAGAUCCACUUCAAUGAGAAGAACGCCGUCGUCGGAGGGUUUGUGUCCCACUACCUCUUAGAGAAAUCAAGGAUUUGCAGACAAAGCUCUGAGGAGAGGAACUACCACAUCUUCUACCGCCUGUGUGCCGGAGCGCCAGAGGAGAUCCGCCAGAAGUUCCACCUCAGCUCUCCGGAUACGUUCAGGUACCUGAGCAGAGGAUGCACCCGCUUCUUCGCCACCAAAGACACGGAUCGGCAAAUCAUGCAGAACCGGAAGAGCUCAGAGCACGCAAAAUCCGGCCCGUUGAAGGACCCGUUGCUGGACGACCACGGCGACUUCAACAGGAUGUGCGUCGCCAUGAAGAAGAUCGGUCUGGGCGACACGGAGAAGCUGGAUCUGUUCCGGGUGGUGGCUGGAGUGCUGCACCUGGGGAACAUCGACUUCGAGGAGGCAGGAAGCACCUCAGGCGGCUGCAACAUCAAGAACCAAUCGGGUCAGGCGCUGGAAUACUGCGCUGAGCUGCUGGGCCUGGCGGAGGAAGACCUGAGAGUCAGCCUCACCACCAGGGUCAUGCUGACAGCAGGGGGCGCCAAAGGCACGGCCAUCAAGGUGCCGCUGAAGGUGGAGCAGGCCAACAACGCCCGGGACGCGCUGGCCAAGGCCACCUACAGCCGCCUGUUUGACCACGUGGUGACGCGGGUCAACCAGUGCUUCCCCUUCGACUCCUCGGCCAACUUCAUCGGCGUUCUGGACAUCGCCGGCUUCGAAUACUUUGAACACAACAGCUUCGAGCAGUUCUGCAUCAACUACUGCAACGAGAAGCUGCAGCAGUUCUUCAACGAGCGGAUCCUGAAGGAGGAGCAAGAGCUGUACCAGAAGGAGGGUCUGGGCGUCAACGAGGUUCACUAUGUGGACAAUCAGGACUGCAUAGACCUGGUGGAGGCCAAGGUUCUGGGCAUCCUGGACAUCCUGGACGAGGAGAACCGCCUCCCUCAGCCCAGCGACCAGCAUUUCACCGACACCGUCCACAGCAAGCACAAGAACCACUUCCGCCUCACGAUUCCCAGGAAGUCCAAGCUGGCCGUCCACCGGAACGUGAGGGACGACGAAGGAUUCAUCAUCCGCCAUUUUGCCGGAGCCGUGUGCUACGAGACGACCAAGUUUGUGGAGAAGAACAACGACGCUCUGCACAUGUCGCUGGAGAGUCUGGUCAGCGACUCCAAGGACCGCUUCAUCCGCGAGCUGUUUGAGAAUUCCACCAACAGCCGAGACGUGAAGCAGAAGGCCGGGAAGCUGGGCUUCAUCAGUGUGGGGAACAAGUUCAAGACCCAGCUGAACAUCCUCCUGGACAAGCUCCGCAGCACGGGCUCCAGCUUCAUUCGCUGCAUCAAACCCAACCUGAAGAUGGUCAGCCACCAGUUUGAAGGAGCUCAGAUCCUCUCCCAGCUCCAGUGCUCAGGAAUGGUUUCGGUUCUGGACCUGAUGCAGGGCGGCUUCCCCUCCAGAGCUCCUUUCCAUGAGCUCUACAACAUGUACCAGAAGUACAUGCCGCCCAAACUGACCCGGCUGGACCCGCGGCUCUUCUGCAAGGCCUUGUUCAAAGCUCUGGGACUCGACGAGAACGACUACAAGUUCGGCCUCACCAAAGUGUUCUUCCGUCCCGGCAAGUUUGCAGAGUUCGAUCAGAUCAUGCGGUCGGAUCCGGAACAUCUGGCUGAGCUGGUGAAGAAGGUCAACAAGUGGCUGAUCCACAGCCGCUGGAAGAAGGUCCAGUGGUGCUCUCUGUCCGUCAUCAAGCUGAAGAAUAAGAUUUUGUACCGGGCCGGCGCCUGCAUCAUGAUGCAGAAGACGGUCCGCAUGUGGCUCUGCAGGAAGAAGCACAAACCUCGAAUCGACGGCCUGGUGAAGGUCCAGAACCUGAAGAAGAGGAUGGGCCGCUUCACCGAGGUGGUGGGCGGCCUGAAGGAGGGCAAGCAGGAGAUGAGCAAACAGAUCGAGGGUCUGGAGAAAGCCGUCGACGCCCUGGUGCUGAAAAUCAAGAGCACCAUGAUGAGCCGCAUCGACAUCGACCACGAGUACCAGGCCCUGGUGAGGCGCUCCGAGAAGCUGCUGACCGACCUGCAGAACAAGAAGAAGGAGGAGGAGGAGCGAGAGCGGCUGCGCCGCAUCCAGGAGGAGAUGGAAAAGGAGCGCAGGAGAAGAGAAGAGGACGAGAAGCGCCGCAAGCAGGAGGAGGAGGACCGGCGACUGAAAGCAGAGAUGGAGGUUAAGAGGAAGCUGGAAGAGGAAGAGAGGAAGAAGAGGGAGGAAGAGGAGAGGCGGAUGCAGAUGGAGAUGGAGCUGCAGCUGGAGGCGGAGCGGCAGGAGGAGGUGGCCCGGCAGGCCGUCAUGGAGCAGGAGAGGAGGGACCGGGAGCUGGCCAUGAGGAUCGCCCAGAGCGAGUCCGAGCUCAUCCCCGAGGAGGCGCUGAACGACUCGGGUCUGCGCAGUAACGGCUCCUCCGUUCCAUCGUCCCCAGAGAGAGCAGCCGUUGGGUCCAACACAAAGCUGAAGAGCUACACCAUGGAGGAAAUGGCGAAGGAGAUGUCUGAACUUCUCGCUCGAGGUCCACAGGUUCAGGCCUCCAAAGCUGCUGCCAAUGCCAAGAAGUUCGAGCUGAGCAAAUGGAAGUACGCCGAGCUGCGGGACGCCAUCAACACAUCCUGUGACAUCGAGCUGCUGGCUGCCUGCAGGGAGGAGUUCCACCGCCGCCUCAAGGUCUACCACGCCUGGAAGUCCAAGAACAAGAAGAGGAACACGGAGACGGAGCAGCGGGCGCCGAAAUCCGUCACGGACUACGAUCUUUCAUCUCCAGAGAAGAAAGCAACAGCCCAGCACAACCUGGCCCCGCCCAUCCCAGCCCGGCAGCAUGACGUGGCGAUGAACCGGCAGCAGCGCUACUUCCGCAUCCCGUUCAUCCGACCCGGAGACCAAUACAAAGACCCGCAGAAGCCCCAGAAGAAAGGGUGGUGGUACGCACACUUCGAUGGGCCGUGGAUCGCCAGGCAGAUGGAGCUGCAUCCGGAGAAACAACCCAUCCUGCUGGUGGCAGGGAAGGACGACAUGGAGAUGUGCGAGCUGAGCCUGGAGGAGACGGGUCUGUCAAGGAAGAGGGGCGCGGAGAUCCUUCCUCGGCAGUUUGAGGAGAUCUGGGAGCGCUGCGGCGGCAUCCAGUACCUCCGGAGCGCCAUCGAGAGCCGGCAGGCGCGGCCCACCUACGCCACCGCCAUGCUGCAGAGCAUGUUGAAGUGACGGGGCCCGGGACAAAGGGACAAACGCACUAGGGGCCAAACACGGAUGGUGUCGGGCGCCCCGGGCCGCCCGGCCUGUCGGCGGUUCUUCUCUUUUUGUUCGGUUUUCGUUUUGGGGGUUUAAUCACUGCGGUUGUUUGAGUCUGAGGCCUUAAAUCUCCGCUAACAGAGUUUAAUCGCCGUAGAAACGGACUCAGAACCCCCCUCCACACCUGAAAUCAUCUCAUUCCUUUAAUCAAACAUUCCUGAUUUUUUUCCAAUGACGUCAUUCCGGCCCGCUGAUGAUCCCGCUCCGACUCCCGGGUAGGAAAGGUGAGGCGGAGCGGUACCAGUGGCUCCUUAUUGGGAUCCUGAUUGGUUCCGAUGGUGGAAUGUAACUCCAGAUGUGAUUUGAUUUGUUGAUUGAAUCCCAGUUUGAUUUAAAUCCUGGUUUUCCUGGAACUGGACCGGUUCCGUCUUUCCUUUCUAAUUAAUUCUGCAGUUUUUUGCUGGUUCGUUUCUGGGAGGACCGGUUCUGCUCUGGAUCCAGAUGAGAAGCAAUAAAACUAAAACCCAGGAACCAGAACCGGGAAUGAAACGGAGCAGAUGGUUCCGCUGAAGUUCAGACUCGGUCCAGAUCUUCAUCCUGUCCCCCUUCACUCCAGAACUUCUUUGGAGUUCUGAUGUAGGUCCACCGGGUCCAGAACUUCAAACCUAUCAUGAUGACCCAGACCCGUCCUACUGCGGACCUUCACUCAUGGUACCGCCUCCUCCCAAACAGAACCAGAACCAUGUCCCUCUCAGUUUAUCUGACCGCUCAGUUGGCGGGUCCAGUCUGGAGCUCCGGUAUCGUUCCUGUUUCAGGGUUCUGGUUUCAGGGUUCUGUCGGAUCCAUAAAGCUUUAGUUUAAGUCGAAUCUACUGCUUGUUGCUUUAGCUGCAGAACCUCCUAAUUCUGGAGAACCUCCUCGGACCGACCCGCCUUCGCUACCUGCUCAGGUAAAGUCCUCUCAGCUGCUUGUCCACCAGCUUCAGGUCCGGUUUCCCAGUAGAACUUCACGCAUGACGGGACCAACCUUUACUGGACCUUGAUUCCACAGCCAGAAGCACGCCAACGGGACCGCUCUGGGUCUUAACUUCCUCCUGGGUUCCUUCCUGGGCUGUAGAACAUCAGACUGGAGACCGAAUGGGACCAGAACCCAGACGCUCCGUCGGUUCUGUAGCAGAACCUCUGCUCUGUUUGUUUAUGUGAAAAGUUUUUGUCUCCUCUGACCUGAAGAUCUGCUUCUGUCCCGUUUCUAACUGAUCUCUAACAGAACAAUAAAAGCGUUUCCUGUUUCA